AUGUUUCAACCUCUGGACACACCGUGGGCGUCAUCACAGAGAACAUCCGAUGUAGUGGACCCAUACCGCGCCACUCAGCCGCAGAAGCUUUUCAACCCGGCAGAAGACGUCACUCCUCAAGGGUCAACUCCUCACUCCUGGCGACCCAAUCCAGCAGCAGAACCCUGGCGUAUGCCCUAUGGCAUCUCAAAGGAGCAGCAAGCAGCCAUCUUGCACCACAAGCAGUCCUUAAGUUCAGAGGGUGCCUUCCGCUUCGAAUACGCGUCAGACAAUGGUCUGGCAGCCGGCGAGGUGAUAGAACCAGAUGGCUCCAGGGUUGGAGCCUACCAGUACAAGGAUCCGAGUGGUCAACUUGUGAAGCUGAAGUACAGGGCUGGGAAGGAAGGUUUCCAAAUCCUAGAAGGUAGUCAUAUACCCAAAAGUCCCGAGCCAGUACCACCAUCAGCGCCAAGUAACUAUUACUCACAAGCAUAUGAGCAGCAACGUCAUCAAUACGAUUUGCAGCAACAGUACAACCAGCAACCGGUACCACAGUGGCAGAGUCAGGCCGCUGAGCCCCAGCGAAGUAGUGGAGCUGCUAGUGGGGUAGCCGGUGCAGGCAGUCAGUAUUACAACCAGAACUGGAGAGCUGAUGGUCGUGAUGAUGGUCAGUACCGAUAUAACGACAUCGAGGAACAGAACCGAGGACCUCACUCCUUUGGGGAGGGAUAUGCGUUCGCUUUCAAGGGUUAAAUUGUAGAAGGGAGGACAAAAUAAGAGAGUUACCACUUGGAUGAUUGUUUACAGAACAAAAUAUGUUUUAAUAAAUUUUAUAUAAAAUAA